CCGUGCUCCGAGCCCCCCCAUUCCGGAGCCACCGCUCGGGUCGGGUCGCUCCGCACCUCCUGCUCCUCCGGACGACGAUGGCCAGCGGUGUCCGUGGCCGCCGCCUGGGGCUCGCCCUGGGGCUGCUGCUGGCCCUGGCGCUGGCUCCGCGGGCGCUGCGGGCCAAGCCCACGGUGCGCAAGGAGCGCGUGGUGCGGCCCGACUCGGAGCUGGGCGAGCGGCCGCCCGAAGACAACCAGAGCUUCCAGUACGAUCACGAGGCCUUCCUGGGCAAGGAGGACUCCAAGACCUUCGAUCAGCUCACCCCGGACGAGAGCAAGGAGAGGCUGGGGAAGAUCGUGGAUCGAAUUGACAGUGAUGGGGAUGGCUUUGUCACUAGUGAGGAGCUGAAAGUUUGGAUCAAACGGGUGCAGAAAAGAUACAUCUAUGAUAACGUCGCUAAAGUCUGGAAGGAUUAUGAUAGGGACAAAGACGACAAAAUUUCCUGGGAAGAAUACAAACAAGCCACCUAUGGCUACUACCUAGGCAAUCCCAGUGAGUUCCAAGAUAGUUCCGAUCAUCACACCUUCAAAAAGAUGCUGCCCCGUGAUGAGAGAAGAUUCAAGGCAGCAGACCUUGAUGGAGACCUGAUAAUGACACGAGAGGAGUUCACUGCCUUUCUGCACCCUGAGGAGUUUGAGCAUAUGAAAGAAAUUGUGGUUUUGGAAACCCUGGAGGACAUUGACAAGAACGGGGAUGGGUUUGUGGACCAGGACGAGUACAUUGCUGACAUGUUUUCCCAUGAGGAGAGUGGCCCUGAGCCAGACUGGGUUUUGUCAGAACGGGAGCAGUUCAAUGACUUCCGGGAUCAGAACAAGGAUGGGAAACUGGACAAGGAUGAGAUCCGACACUGGAUCCUCCCUCAAGAUUAUGACCAUGCACAGGCAGAAGCCAGGCACCUGGUGUAUGAGUCAGACAAAAACAAGGAUGAGAAGCUAACUAAAGAGGAGAUCUUGGACAACUGGAACAUGUUUGUUGGAAGUCAAGCUACAAAUUACGGGGAGGAUCUCACAAAAAAUCACGAUGAACUUUGAUGGACAUUCAUUGUAAUGAGGCAGACUGUCUGAGGUCUCUUACUGUCUUGGGUGGUCGCUAUUUUCAUCUGAUUUACAGCAAUUGUAUCCCUAAAAAAGCAUUAUACCUCAGAUUGGGG